AGAGCCUGGCGGCCGGAGUGGCGGCGGCGGUGGCUGCCGAGUGGCGGGAUGGCGGGGUCCGUGAGCGAGGCGCGCUUCGCGGGACUGUCGCUGAUGCAGCUGCACGAGCUGCUGGAGGACGACGCGCAGCUCGGCGACAUGGUGCGGGGAAUGGAGGAGACGCAGACUGUUCAGCUUAACAAAGAGAUGACACUGGCUAGCAACCGGAGCCUGGCAGAGGGAAACCUUUUAUACCAGCCCCAACUGGAUGCUCAGAAAGCUCGCCUGACCCAAAAAUACCAGGAACUCCAAGUUCUCUUUGAGGCCUAUCAGAUAAAGAAGACCAAACUAGAUAAGCAGUCUAACAACGCUUCCUUGGAGACUCUGUUAGCACUUCUUCAAGCAGAAGGGGCCAAGAUUGAGGAAGACACUGAGAACAUGGCAGAGAAGUUUCUAGAUGGAGAGCUUCCUCUAGAUGCCUUUAUCGAUGUCUACCAGAGCAAGCGGAAGCUGGCACACAUGCGGCGGGUCAAGGUGGAGAAGCUCCAGGAGCUGGUGCUGAAGGGACAGAGACUCCUGCAGGCCGGGGUCCAGCUGACACCCAGGGCGCCCGAGCCAUCGCCUGCCGUCCCCCUGCCCUAUCCACCUGUGGAGGCCACUGGGCUCCCUUCUGUGGUGCCUCGGCGCAUACCCCCACCUCCACCCCCGGUGCCUACGGGACACACAGCCACCCCGUUCACUGCUGCCAUGGGCUCAGGACAGGCUUCUCCAUACCCGGGAUUACAGUGCCCACCUCUGCCUCCCAGGGUGGGCCUCCCCUCUCAGCAAGGAUUCUCCGCACAGUUGGUGUCACCAUACCCACCAGCCCUGCCCCAGAGGCCCCCUCCACGGCUGGCCCCACACCAGCCAGGCUUCAUCCUUCAGUGAGCUCCGGCCUGUCCUUCCUGCAGGACGGCCCGCCGUGCCGAGCGCUACAGACAGAGGCUGUGAGGCCCAGCAUCUGGGCCAAGGGCUUGGAUGCCCUGGGCCAGUGUGUCCAUCUGAUUUUCAAACUGUAGGUCCAUGGUAAGUAAUAGAGAGCAGGUUUUGGGCACUAAGGGAGCUCUGUGCCAGGCCACAGUCUGGCGUGCCCAGUCAUCGCCUUGCUCUGUGUUCUGGGUGUGGUUUCUGAGUAUCCACUGUUGAUGGACUUGUGCAUUUGGAAAGACAAACCUCCCCCUCCAAUUUAGACUCCCGUUGCAGCUUUAUUUAAUAAGCAUGGUUAAGUAUCUGUUUUGUUUUCAAGUCUUGGCCCACCAGCUGUGGCGCUGAUAAAGGCUGAUCCGCACUGACCAGCCUGGAAUGUGUCUCCAUGGCCAUGCUGGGGGGCUGUGCUGUUCAUUGAGUCUGCAGGGCGGGUCAUCAGUUACCUCCUGCCCCCGCCAAGCUGGAUGGAUGUUCUCAUGGUUCCCAGCCACGGCAGAGCCAGGAGAGCUGUCGCCCUGGGUGUGAGUGAGGCCAGUGUGAGCUGGAUAGUACAGUCCACAGCCCUCCCCUGCCCUCCCCUCUUCUCUCCUCUCCCCCAAGCCGCAUGACGGUUUCUGUGAAAAACAAAAAAACAAACAAAAAAAAACCUCAGUGUUUUUACUACACUUGUAAUGUUCCUGUUUUAUAUUUCAAAAGAAACCUUUUUGACACUCUUAAGACCAUUCAGGGAAACUUUUUUUAAAAAUUCAGAUACUGUUUUGAGCUGGUUAAAAAUGCAGAUUUAUUGAGUGCCGCUUUUUGUCAGGCGAGCAGUACAUAGGCACAUCAUCAGUGCCCGUGCUGUGCCUUAGCUUCACUUGGUGCCAGGACUCAGAUGCCUGCAGCGUGCCAGCUGCCCCGAUGGGCCCACAGUUAGGCAGGGCCCUGGUGGGCCUCAUUGCUUUGUGAUAGGUCAGAGGAGGUCCAUCCACCUUCAAGCAGGAUGUUCUCCGGCAGUGCUACAGGUGUUGGCCGGGGACAUGGAAAGAGUCCGGCGAAAGCCCACCCCACAGGAUUGGCGGUGGUGGCUCCUUCCUCUCUGGGAUCUCAUCUGCAGGUGCCACAUGUGCAGUGUUCCCAGGGCCCAGCCGGGGGAGGGGCAGCACCCACACCUAUUGCCGGAAGAGGGCUGUGUGCCUGUUGGUAGAACUUAGAGCCCUACCCUCGCCGUGCCAACUGGCUGCAACCCAAAGUGGGAAUCAAGCAGAGCUGGUUAGAGAGCUGCUGGCUACCAGCCUUUGUCCCCAAGUCCUAUACUCCUGUUCGUGGAUUUGGACUCUACCUUACUGGAACUCUUCUGUACAGAGACAAAGCUGUAUGUGCCAUGAUACCUCUGCCACCAGCUGCCAUCAGGAACACCCACUGCCCAGUCAUGGGCUGCAGCCACACCGGAGCUCCAGGAGGAUGUGGUGUAGGGGCCACUAGGCCAACCUUGUGAUCACUGCCCAGGGCCAGAUGUGGCACCAGGGUUGUAAAGCUGUAGAACUCUUAAUAAAUUGAGAAUUAUUAAUUUCA